CGCUGCCCGCUGCGCACGCGCAGGUGCUAGGUGGCACUCGGCGGUCCAAAGGGGAGUUCAAGGAGACGGGGGCGACGCGGCUGUGGGCGCCGGGUCGGGGCCGGGGCUACCGCCGCCAUGCCUGGGAUAGUGGAGCUGCCCACUCUGGAGGAUCUGAAAGUGCAGGAGGUGAAAGUCAGCUCUUCGGUGCUCAAGGCGGCUGCCCAUCACUAUGGAGCUCAGUGCGAUAAGCCCAACAAGGAGUUCAUGCUGUGCCGCUGGGAGGAGAAAGACCCGAGGCGGUGUUUAGAGGAAGGCAGGCUUGUCAACAAGUGUGCCCUGGACUUCUUUAGGCAGAUAAAGGUUCACUGUGCAGAGCCUUUUACAGAAUAUUGGACCUGCAUUGAUUAUUCCGGCCUGCAGUUGUUUCGUCGCUGUCGCAGACAGCAGGCCAAAUUUGACGAGUGUGUGCUGGACAAACUGGGCUGGGUGCGACCUGACCUGGGAGAGCUGUCAAAGGUCACCAAAGUGAGGACAGAUCGACCUUCACCAGAGAAUCCCUAUCACUCAAGAGCAAGACCAGAGCCCAAUCCUGAGGUAGAAGGAGAUCUGAAGCCUGCCAGACAUGGCAGCCGCAUUUUUUUCUGGACCGUGUGAAGAUAGGUCCACAGCCCACACUCAGUCAUGCGCCCAGACAACUGAUGGAAACUCAUGCGGUUUGCAUCGGCUGAUAGGGGGCUCUUUCCGGGAUCACAAACAUUAACAAGAAGUUAAUUUAUGUCACUUGGCAGUUAUUCUAUACCAUUUCCUGGCCAUUAAAAAUUUUAAAGGAAA